CUCUAAAGUUGCGGAACCGCGCUCUACUAGGAUAGGAGGUUGCCCAGCCAAUAAGGCUGCCAUCGCGCUGACUGCGAGGCUUUCCUUCUUAACUCUCCGGUGAUACUCGUUUGGAGGGCUUCCGGCCGGAGACCAUUAGCAAAGGCACCCGGAAGGCGGAAGUCUUAGGGCGGAAGUGGCCGAGAGAAAAGGAGAAUGGCGGCCGAGGCCUGGCUUUGGCGCUGGGGCCGGGGCUGGGGCUGGGGUCAGCGGUGCCCAGGGAGGCCUGGGCUUCCUGGCCCCGGCCCAGGCCCCGCUACACUUCUACAUUUUCUUCUGUUGCUGGGGCCGGUGGCUGCGGAUAUAACCGACGGCAACAGUGAACACCUGAAGCGAGAGCACUCGCUCAUCAAGCCCUACCAAGGGGUCGGUUCCAGUUCCAUGCCGCUCUGGGACUUCCAAGGCAGCACCAUGCUUACGAGCCAGUAUGUGCGUCUGACCCCUGACGAGCGCAGCAAAGAGGGCUCGAUUUGGAACCACCAGCCAUGUUUCCUCAAGGACUGGGAAAUGCAUGUCCACUUCAAAGUCCAUGGCACAGGGAAGAAGAAUCUCCAUGGAGAUGGCAUCGCCUUGUGGUACACCCGGGACCGCCUUGUACCAGGGCCUGUGUUUGGAAGCAGAGACAACUUCCAUGGGUUAGCCAUCUUCCUGGACACAUAUCCCAAUGAUGAGACCACGGAGCGUGUGUUCCCGUACAUCUCGGUGAUGGUGAACAAUGGCUCUCUGUCAUACGAUCAUAGCAAAGAUGGACGCUGGACUGAGCUGGCGGGCUGCACAGCUGACUUCCGCAACCGGGACCAUGAUACCUUCUUGGCUGUCCGCUAUUCCCGAGGCCGCCUCACAGUGAUGACUGACUUGGAGGACAAGAAUGAGUGGAAGAAUUGCAUCGAUAUCACGGGCGUGCGCCUGCCCACGGGUUACUACUUUGGAGCCUCUGCUGGCACUGGUGACUUGUCUGACAACCAUGACAUCAUCUCCAUCAAGCUGUUCCAGCUCAUGGUAGAACGCACCCCUGAGGAGGAAAGUAUUGACUGGACCAAGAUCGAACCCGGGGUCAACUUCCUCAAGUCCCCUAAAGACAACGUGGAUGACCCCACUGGGAAUUUCCGGAGUGGUCCCCUGACCGGGUGGAGGGUAUUCCUGCUGUUGCUCUGUGCUCUCCUGGGCAUCAUCGUCUGUGCUGUGGUGGGCGCCGUGGUGUUUCAGAAGCGCCAGGAGCGGAACAAGCGUUUCUACUGAGCGGCCAGUCUGGCCGGAAGGGCCUGACCUUGGGCCAGGGCUCUUAUGUGAACUCUUUUUUACUGGGAUUGUAAAACAACCAAGCAACCAACCUUAUUUCUUAACUGUUUCAAAGAAAUAAUUAAAGUAUUUUCAUACAUUUUGCUUCUGGCCCAGCCGAGACAGCUGGCGGGACUGGGACUCAGGGUUUAGCAACCCUAUGGCUAGAGGUUCUCGCCCCAUCCCAAGCCAUGCUGUGGGGAGCGGGGGAGUCUGUUCUUGGGCGCAGCUGAGGCCCUGCGGGUGGCUGUCAAAACCCAAGAGGUUCCAUGCACUCACGGCCGGCUCCUUAGGGUCCUAGGAGAGGUUUUGUUCUGAGGUCUGUGGUGCAGACAGGGUUUGGGAUUCUGGGCCUUCUUGCAUCCCUAUAGCUUACGAAGGCAAAGCUCAGCCGCGGCUGGAGGACAGCUCACUCAGGCCCAGGGUGGGACCAUUUCCUCAAUAAAGUAGCCAGUCUCGGCCUCGUGACUGUCCUGAGGGCUUUUUCAUUUCUGGUCAUUUUCCAGUCCGUUCUCUGGCCUGCAACAGCCCCAGAGAGGAAGAAUGGUGAUGGUCACACUGUCCAGCUGGGGAAACAUGACUUUCAGGUCAAGCAAAACUCACCUGUACACAGGAAGUAACCUCAGCCCAAGGCUAUUAGGCUGCACUGGGGAUGGAGAGGGACAGUGACAGAGAUCUUGAGACUGGGAUGAUCUGGAAGGAGCCGGUGAGCCUGAAACGGAAGACAGCUGGGAUCGGCAGUGGUGUUCCUUUGGGUGCCUGGAGGGGACGAGGCCGAGGGUAAAGCAGGCGUUAGCAGGGCCAGCUUCCACCCGGGCUGUAGCCUGUGGCCGUCCAGAUCUCCCACCGCGGAGGGCUGUCACCUCCGGUCAAGCUCUGUCACUACCCUGCCCCUCUUUGGGGACUUUACCAAGUCAGUCUUUCGUCCUCAUCUUGGAACACAGUCAAGUAACGUUUGGUCUGUCACCCACAAGCAACAGCUGCCCGUGUGCUGCAGCGUGGCUUUCUGUAUCACUGCGGAAGUGACCGAUGCCCAGCAUCCUCGGUCACUUAGAGCUCUUCACUGGGCUCCUGGGAGCCAUCUGUCCGUGUCAAACUGCCAUGGUUAGGGGUCCUGAGGUUCUUCACUGUGACUUCUGGUUUCCAGCUUGUAUCUCCUCCACAGGUUCAUGAGCCUGUCAGGAACCACCGUCCUUUGGAAGCAGUGGGUUUGUUGGAGAAAGUGCUUUCUAUGUACCAUCUCCAAGUAUGCAUUAGCUCGUCUCCUCUGUGACACUUAGCAUGUGGGGACUGGAAAAGCAGUAGGUUUGAUGGUGUGCGUGUCUGUCUCGGAUGGUCCAGGGACAUCCGAGGCCUGGAAUCUGACCUUAAUUCUUGGUUUAACCUGAGAUCCUGAGUUACUUAGGCACAUUAGAAUCAAGAUUUACCUCUGCAUAUUAGAGCCACUCACCUUUCUAAAGAGCCCACUGCAGAGUUGGGGAGACUCAGUGGAUAAAACACUUGCUUUGCGAGCAUGAGUUUGACCCUACGACCCUCAGAAAAUUGCUGGGUGUGGUGAUGUAUUCUUGAAACUACAGUACUGGAGGCUGAUGGUCUUUGGGGUUCACUGGUCCAAUUGGUGACUUUCAUGCCAUAGAGGCACAUGGCAUUCCUGAAGAUCACACCCAAAGCUGUCCUCUGGUCUCCACACAUGCAUUUACAAGAACAAAAGAACCUCUGUUCUUUCCACACCUGGCCUAGUAAGUCUUAUGGGGUAGGACCAGGACAGGCCCUGUAAUGGACCCCAGACUUGGUGCCAGCAUGUAAAGUGAUCUUGUAGGCCUGUUACCUUCCAGGUGGGCUCUCCAUCUGUCACUGCAUAGCCUUGCUGGGCUGGUCCAGGUGGGCUCUCCAUCCACAUAGUUGUGGAAAAUUGUUUCUAAGUUCAUACCCAGAGUUGUCUGUAUUUUCACACAGGAAUAAAGUUCCACGUUUAGUUUUUUGGCACAUGUUCCUAAAAAUGGAGUUACUUCAUUUGACAUUGAAGUAUAAAUGUAUACCCUGGUAUCUGCUGUACAAUGUGAGAAAUACAAGCCAGCCAGCACAUGUAGCUCCAUUUCCCUUCCCCCAGAGAUGAGGGUUGUUAAAUUUCUUUAGAUUGUGUUGUAUUUUAAAACUUGUUUUAAGUAGUAUUUGGGUGUAUUCCUUAGCUGUCCAGCUCCAUGCUGCUGUGGUGCCUCUGGACUUGGAGCCCAAGAUGCCUCCUGGCUGUCAUGCUGGGGUGUGGCCGCACUUUCACCCUUCCCAGGACUAUUAGGAUAUGUUCUUGAACUGUGUUCCCACACAUCAUGAGAAGUGUGGGCCUGUAGCUUGUCUACAGUUCCAGUUUUGCAAGCCAGGGCCACAUUGCUUUCCACAGUGGACUGUGUUUUUCCUUUCUGCCCACUCCUUAGCACCUGACCUCAGAGUUCAGCUUGGGUGUGAAAGCUUUGCUGUGGGCUUUUCUGUGGCAGGCUGUGGGUCUCCACUUGAUCCUGUGCUUGCUAGAUAGAUGCUUUAGUACUGGCCCCUUUUCUCUUGCUGAUGUUCAGGGAUCCCUAUCUUCAGUUUCCUGGUUCCUUCCCACACGCUAGACUUCCUGAUUUGCUAAUGAUGUCAUUGAUGUGCAUUCUACAUUUACAUGGCAUUUAUUAAUCUUUUCCAAAGAUGGUUUUCCUAAAGGUUUUUAACUUUUGCCUUCAAAAUUUUGCACUUUCCUGAAGCGGGACGGGCGCAGUGCUGACGUCACCAUCCCUGCCGUCUCCACCCAUUGCAGCAGAGCUUUUCUGACUCACUCAUCCUCCAGCACCCAUGGCUGGCCCCCAGACACCCACUCUUGGUACAGUCACUUUCUCUGCUCAUCGGUUGGGAUGCUUCUCUUCCCAGCGUCCUUCCAAGGGAGGUCAUGUGAACCCUGGGGCUCAGCAGAGCUGGGGGACUCAAGGGUCCUCUCAUCUUCUGCCUGGAUUGUGGUAACUCUGAGGCUGCAGAAAUACCCGUGACUGAGGGCUGGAACGAGCAUUCACCUGUUAGAUAGGGGGCCUCAAGGACUGAAGAGCGGCCUCAAGCCUUAGACUGUCAACUGCUUGGGGGGGGUUGUUGUGUGAAAGAAAUAAAUACCUAUUUGUUCAAA